UACUGGAACAUAAUUAUCUCAUAAUUAUAUUAUCUUACAAAAAGAGUUGUAUUUAGACUUGUUCUCUAAGUAAGUUGUUCGAGUUAGAUCCAAAGAGUUCUAUUCAGAGACUUUCACUAACGUAUUCAAGUCGACAGGGCUGCCCUAAUUACUCAUUUUACAACUCUAAUGGCGAAAUUUUCCAUUACACGUUCAACGACAACACCAAUACAACCAAAUAGAGACAUAAUAAGCAGCUUGCCAGAUGAUAUUGUUCGUCAUAUAUUGUCACAUCUGGAAACAAAACAUGCUGUGAGAACAAGUAUUCUGUCCAAAAGAUGGCGUAAGGCUUGGUCGAUGUGUCUUUCCAGUUUCAGUUUGGACGAUAGUUUAGUCCGUGUUGAUCGCCUAGAUUGCUUCGGAAAAUUCGUAGAGAGUGUCUUGCUUCAUCGUCGUGGCCCCCUUAAAAGUUUAAAAGUUCGCUUCGAGAAACUACCUCAUGAAGACGUAAAACAAUAUAUUUGCGCUGCGAUUAGGCGAAAUGUUGAGGAGCUUGAUUUAAGCAUAAAGAAUGGUCCUUUUACGUUACCAUUAUUUAAAUUACCCCAAAUUCUUUUUAGUUGUAAGACCAUCAAGAUUCUAAGGCUUCGUUCUAAAAUUAAUUUCAUGGUUAAUAUUGACGAUUCUGUGCCGUUUCCAAAUCUCAAAGUUCUUCAUAUUGUUUGUCUAAUAAUUUUUGAUGAUCUUACUAUAGAAAAAAUGUUAGCCAAGGCUCCACUUCUUGAAGAAUUAUUAAUGCAGACAGAAAUGCCAGUUUUUUAUGGAGAGACUUUGCGUAUUCAGUCAUCAUCUCUCAAACGUUUGGUCAUUCGAAGCAAGCAUACGCUGACUAGUUGCUGUGGCUUGCUAAUUAAAGCUCCCAAACUCGAGUAUCUUCGUCUCAACGAUUUCCUGAGCGAAGAGUUUGAGGUGGAGCGGUUAUCAUCGCUUGUUAAAGCAGCUAUCGAUGUUGGACAAUGCAAAAUUAGUCCUAGAACAGAUCCAGUUUUCUAUCGGAGUCAUGUACUUGGUCUUUUGAGAGAAAUUGACAAUGUCAAGGUUUUGAGCUUAUCAGCAUCAACGCUGCAGAUUCUUGCUGAGGCAUCAGAAGAAGAUAAUUUUCCAACUUUUCCUAAUUUGACACAAUUAAAGCUGGCAGUUGUGGGAAACGGAUGGCUGAUCCUACCUAAGCUACUCGAUUCCUCUCCCAAAUUGAAAGCAUUUACCAUCACUAGAAAGGUUAAAGAUUAUUUGAAAUCAACCAGUGUUACCGUUCCUGGUGACGCAAUUUUUAAAGAAGAAUCGGUGGCCAAGUGCUUAUUGCGCUCCCUGGAGAAAUUUGAACUGAAAGGAUUCGACGGGAAUAAAGCAGAGAAGGAAGUGUUGGAAUAUUUUAUCAAGAAUGCAAGUUUCUUGAAACUAUUAAAACUCUCAUUUUCUGCUACAAUGAGUUCUGACAACAAGGCACUCACUCUCAGAAAGCUUAUCUUUUUUCCAACCACAUGCCAAAUCUUAAUCGCGUAGUCCGUAGCUUAAGUAUUAUGUUUACUUUCUCGCAGUGAUAGCAAUAUUAAUUUUGCAUUCAUUUAUUUUCUAAUGAGAUGCAUAUGGUACAUUAACA